CUAUUUGGUAAUUCAAUUCAAAGCCAAGGUUACUUUGAAGAUUCAAAGUCUACCCCUCUUUUUAAAGUGCAACCUUGUCCCCAAAACGUGAUCCUCAAGCUCCAUCUUCAUAUCCACACUUUUGUACAGGAGGAAAAUUGAAGUCCCAAUUCACCAUGGAUGUUGAACAGGAGGAGCUCCAAUUUCUUGGCUUCUUUGGCAUCAUCAAAGAGUCUGUCAAGAUCAUAUACUCAUGGAGGAAAAUCUUCAGCCAAAUCACUCUAGCUCUCAUCCUCCCUCUCACCUUCAUAUUCCUCGCUCAUAUUGAAGUCUCUGAUUUCCUCUUUUUCAAGAUCCUCAGGAAUGAGGACAAGCUGGAUCGAACCCGGGCUGGAACCCCCAAAUAUGAGAAGCUCUCCGAUGUUAUUUCCUCCGAGUGGAUAGUCUUUUGGCUUUUGAAGGUCGCAUAUUUCACCUUCCUCCUCAUCUUCUCCCUCCUCUGCACAUCCGCAGUUGUGUAUGCGGUUGCCUGCGUGUACAGCGCCAAGCAAAUAACCUUCAAGAGGGUCCUGAGCGUAGUCCCAAAGGUGUGGAAGAGACUCAUGGUCACCUUCAUAUGGAACUUCGUCAUUGUUUUCUGCUACAACGUUGUCGCCGGGGUAGUUUUGUUCAUGUGGGCUAUCCUGAUAGGAAACAACGUCUUUGGACUCGUGAUCCUCCUCCUUCUCUUGAUCAUAUACGUCAUGGGGUUUGUGUAUAUAAGCGUAGUCUGGCAUUUGGCGAGCGUUGUAUCGGUGUUGGAAGACAGCUAUGGGAUCCAAGCCAUGGUGAAGAGCAAGGCCUUGAUUAAGGGCAAGACGGGAGUUGCAGUUGCAAUUUUCCUCAUCCUCAACAUCUGUUAUUUCAUUAUUCAGCUGGCUUUUGAGAACUUGGUCGUGUUGGGGUACCCAUUGAGCACCCCGAAUAGAAUUCUGCUUGCAAUCAUCUUCUUCCUCUUUCUGUUCAAGUUGAUUCUCUUUGGCCUCGUCAUCCAAACUGUGAUCUACUUCGUCUGCAAAUCCUACCACCAUGAAAACAUCGACAAAUCUUCUUUAUCAGAUCAUCUCGAGGUUUAUCUAGGCGAAUACGUGCCUCUAAAGUCCAAGGAUGUCCAACUGGAGCAGUUCGACGUUUGAUUCAAUUGAAUUGCUAUGGAGAUCAUCCCUAUGUUUGCCAGAAAUUUUUGGGUGUUUUCUUUGUAUACGCUACUGUUUAUUAAUUUGUCGAGUAUUAUAAUGGAAGAAGAAACUGUUUCAUUUGA